CUGUAACAGCUUCACACAAUGCACUGUCGGCUCCGAACAUGUUUUCGCAAGAUUCUAACUCGUCGAUAAAUUCCAACUCUGCAUCGGGCAAAGCUGAACGAGAGUCGAUACAUUCGGGCCAGUUCAUGGUGUCGACAUUUGAAGCUGAAGAAGCCCAAGAUGAUCUCGACGAUAGUGAAGUUAAAAUGCUCGAUCCCGAGGAUCCAAGUCUAUCGAAACCCGAUGAACCCAAUACAUGUAUGGAAGUGCAGCUGUAUGUACCGCGCAAGGUGGCCCAACAGAAUCGAUAUGGUGGCAAUGAAUCGGCUGGACUAAUAACAUCGCAUCUAGAGAUUGAGACUUCACUAACCAAACUCUUCAAAUGUAUGAAUUUAGCUUACAGCCAAAAGCUUACAUCUCCGAAAUGGAAUCAUUUUAAGGGUGUUCGUUUACGUUGGAAAGAUAAAAUACGUUUAAACAAUGUCAUCUGGAGAUGUUGGCAUAUGCAGUUUAUUCUUAAACGCAAGACACCGGUUUGCCAGUUUGCCUCGCCGUUGGACGUCGAUAUUCACAGUAAUCCCCAAAGUGUCGUACUUGAGGGAAAGUAUUGGAAACGCCAAUUAGCUGUUAUAAAAGCCGAGUACAGAAAAUGGAGAAGAAAUUACAAGUCCAAGGUUACGGGAUGUCUUAUGUACGAUGUUAAAAGCGAAUUCGACUUCCUAGAAUGGCCCUACUUAAAUGACAAGAGUUUGAUGAUAUCUGAUGAUUGGACCAGCGAUACUUUAUUUUCUGCUAUAAAUGGUCCUUUUCCUUUUCCAGAUUCACGAGAAAUUGCACGAGAAGCAGGCAACGCCGAUUUUAUACAACCUAGUUUAGGACCAUUACAACCGAAUCUAGAUGACAUUGAUUUAACAUUUGCGGAAUUGUUAAACUCACGCUUACCUCCAGUACCGGAAGAGGGUACCGAUGACAUGAUCAAGAAUGUCGAUUAUAACUUUUCAUCAAUAAUGGGAUCAGAACAAAUGGAAUCUAGCAAUAUGAUGGAUGUGUCCUCGUCCAAUGUUGUCGGCGGCAUGGCAAAUGUGAGUGAAGAUGCCAACAUGAUUGAAUUGAACACCCCCAUGAAUACCUUGGGUUACUCCGAUCUAGAACAACAAUUUGCUGCACGAGGCGCUAGUAACAAUGUCCAAAUGCUGGCAGCAUCAGACAAUCGAUCAAAUCAAAACGCUUUACAAGCAUUGAAUACUGAAUAUGCAAUAAUGGGCAGUACGCAAAAUGCUGGUGCCCUGAUUAUGCCGCAAGGAAAUACCCAAACACAGCAGCAACAGCAGCAGCAGCAACAAAUUGAAGCUUAUGAUAAUUCAGGUGCUUCUAGCGGAACAUCAAAUUCUCUGGGUUUGGUAGAAAGUAGUAAUGUGAUCAGUAGCAGUAGUAGUAGCACUAUAAUGGGCGGACGCCAAAGCAGUAGUAACAGUAAUGACUUUCCUGUGAAAAAAGGACGAAUAUCAAAAAAUUCUCAACGACCGUUUAGACGCGAACCUCAUAAUUAUGACAAAGCCCAACCAACCAUGCAUCAGACCAAUAUAUACCAGCAAAUGUUAGCCGAACAUCAGAAGAUGCUUAUGACCAACAAUUCACUUCAACUUCAAGCAACAGCAGCUUAUCAGCCAGCGAAUCAGCAGCGCCAGCAUCAGCAGGCACUUCAAAAUUCUGGCAAUUCUUUUACACAAUCAAACCAACAGUAUACUACGAAUUUAUUGAACAACAACUCUACGAAUUUUGUUUCUUCGGAAAAUGUGGUCAGCAACAGUGGUAAUUCUGGUAGUAGUAGUGGUGUGGUAUCCGGUGGAAACCCGAUGAAUCCAAAUUCUAAUAUAAAUACUGGGACUUACGGAAUGAUUGGUACAUCGGCUAACCAAAUAAGUGACAAUACUCAAGCGGGCAACAGUAACAUGCUGCAUAAUAUAAAAAUCGAAGGUGCUUCGUCGGAUGUUCGAAAUAUGUUCAAUUUAAGUCAGGCCUCGGACAACUUUCUAGGUGGCAAUCAAUACAAGCCCUAUACACACACUGGUAGCUUUAAGAAGUCGGCAUCAACUGGAACAUAUAUAAAUGUACGCGGUACAGCUCCGGCAAAUCAGCAUUACUAUAUGCAACAACAGGGACAGAAUCCCCCUGGAAAUAUGCCUGGCGCCACUUUGCACGCACAAUCCUUACCACCGACAUUAGGUUUGCAUUUGCCUAACUUGACGAAUGCUCUUCAGCAACCGCAAACUCCGCAAGCGCUACAACAUUCUGCACAACUUUCACCACCAAAUAUGCAGCAAACACUCCAACAGUCUAGUCAUCGUAUAAUACCUGCACAGAUGAGUAUGGAUCAACAGCCCCAGCAGCCAUCUGCACAAUCAAAUAUUCAGAAUAUAUUGUCCACACAUCAACACCAGCACCAACAAACCCAGCAGCAGCAGCAACAGCCUUCAAUUGGUCAAUCUAUAUCUACGAGUAAUACAAUGCCAAAAGAAAUAUAUCGUUCGAAUAGCUUGCCGUUGAAUGCAACACUGGCGAAAAUUGAUCCACGUCUUGGUCAGCAAGAGGGUAAUUUUAUAGUACCCAAAAGUCAUGUUGUAAAAUCUAAUAAAACUCGCUCUCGAAGCAACUCGAUUCAUCAACACAUGAUACAGUCUUCCACAUCAGCGUCGAAUACAAUGGUUGGUGUUAGUUCCAGUGGAUCGGGAGUAAGUGUGAUAAACAGUAAUUAUCUUGGUAUGGGGUUAAAUGCGCAGUUACAAAGUGCUACCAGCGACCCUAUGCUCAAUAGUGCAUUGGCGCAGCUAUUAACAACAAAUUCUCGGAUGCCGUCAUUAAGUAAACAACAAAGUGUAUCUACUAGUGCCAUAUCGACAAUGCCAAAUAAUGUUGUAACCCAACAGACGACACCAACUAUGCCAACGCCUCCAACAAAUGUACAAAAUAAAGGAAGUCCCAGAUCAGGUGCUGGGAAUAAAUCCAACUUAUAUAUGUCCCCAACACAACAACAACAGCAACAACAGCCUAUCCCAUCGCCACCGUCGCCUUCUAUAAUCAAUAGUUCUGCGUCAAUUAUACAACAGCAGCAAUGUAAACAGUUGGUUCAACCGCAGCAACAACAGCAUCAAAAUCUUCAUCAUCAGAAUGUACAUAAAUCACCCAAGAAGUCGGCCUCAUUGCCAGCACCUGUGGCCCCCUCAAUGCUUAGUAGUCCGCCUGCCAGUAAAAUGUUAAGUUUUCCCUUGACGGCGAGCUCGCAAAACACAUGCUCGGCUAACAUAAGUUUAUCGCCGGAAUCAUUUCAUGACCAAGAUUCUCCUUUGUCGCCCACUCACAGUUUAAAGUAUCCACGAGAUAGCCAACGUCGCGCUGGCCACAUUCAUGCAGAACAAAAGAGGCGUUACAACAUAAAAAAUGGUUUUGAUCAAUUACACGAUCUGAUACCACAACUCCAGCAAAAUAAUGCUAAGUUAAGUAAAGCAGCAAUGUUGCAGAAGGGUGCAGAGCAUAUCAAACAUUUGCGUAACGAACGAAAUAUACUCAAAGAACGCAUGGAUGCUUUGCGCAUGGAACGUGAUGCACUUAACAACUCACUGACGCACCUUCAUUCGAGUUUACCAGCAAAUGGAGCACCCGUUACACGACAGGGUACCGAGCAUGUCCGACAGUUAUAUGAACAAUAUGUGCGUACACGUACACAAGAAAAUUGGAAAUUUUGGAUUCUUGGCCUAAUAUUGGAACCUUUACUAUCAUCUUAUACAUCUACUGUCUCCAGUGCUAGUCUUGAUGAAUUAAGACGUACAGCCUUCCUGUGGGUAGAUCAGCACUGUUCACUAAUUGAUCUAAGACCCGCUGUUUCUAAUAAAUUAAAGUACCUAUCAAUGAAGACCGAUAUUUUGUCUGAUCCACCGUCAACCCUACGAGAUGAAGUUGCAAAAGCGGUCAACAAUACAAGUGGUAAACAUCCGAAUUUACAUGGAACAUAAGAUUU